AGUAACAUCACGUUCGAGUGCUGUGUGACAUUGUUGAAACGCCCUUAAACGUGAUUUUGGCCGAAUAUUAUCGGCAUUUUGUGACCGAUUAUGAAUUCAUCACUGCCUAAAUUGUUGCAGUGUUGAAUUGUGUCGAAAUAAGUUGGUAAAGUGAUUUAGUUAUUCGAUCAUUUCGGAUCUUAGAUACUUGGAUAUUUUUAUCUUGAUGCUAUCCCUUGGAUUUCAGUGAUUGUUGUGAAUGAAUUAAUAAGAGAUUUAUAUAUUGAGCCUCGGUGUGCCUGAUUCAGGCACGAGGAUUCUAAAUAAACUUCUGAAAUGUCUUGGAGGAUCACCGAGACAUGAAAGAAAUUUUUAGGGUGACGCCGUGUGGAACAGCAGCAGCGAGUGUUUGUCAGCGGUAGCAGUGAGCCGAUUAACCAGAAGGGUUACCGAAGACGGAAACAACAUUGGAAAAUAACGACAGUUGUAAAAAAAAGAGUUGAAAAACGAAGAAAAGAAAUUUAAAAAUUGUAAAUUAAAUAAUUUAAAAAAAGAUAAAAAUGAGUCUAAUAAAUUCAGAUACAGAAAACCGAGUGAUUUUAAAUGUCGGUGGAAUAAGACAUGAGACUUAUAAAGCAACGUUAAGAAAAAUACCAGCAACACGACUGUCAAGGCUGACUGAAGCACUAGGCAAUUAUGAUCCGAUUCUCAACGAAUACUUUUUCGACCGACAUCCAGGAGUAUUUGCCCAAGUGUUAAAUUAUUAUCGUACAGGCAAGUUACAUUACCCAACGGACGUGUGUGGACCACUUUUUGAACAAGAACUGGACUUUUGGGGUCUUGACUCUAACCAGGUCGAACCAUGCUGCUGGAUGACAUAUACUCAGCACAGAGACACCCAAGAGACCCUGACUGUUUUGGACAGGUUAGAUUUGGAUACCGAACAGCCAACAGAUGAGGAAAUAGCUGUAAAGUUUGGCUUUGAAGAAGAUUACUAUGAGGGCAGACUUUCACGAUGGCAAAAGCUCAAGCCAAAAAUAUGGUCACUUUUCGAUGAACCUUACUCCUCUACUGCUGCCAAGAUAGUCGGCUUGAUAUCCGUCUCUUUCAUCUGCAUCUCCAUCCUGUCUUUCUGCCUGAAGACGCAUCCUGACAUGCGAGUACCAGUGAUAACAAAUCGCACAGUGAGAAGUGGAAAUGUAACGAAAUUUGUUUUGGAUAAAACAGACACAAAUGCUCACGUAGCUUUCUUCUACAUCGAGUGCAUAUGUAAUGCAUGGUUCACAUUUGAGUUCCUAAUCCGUAUGACGGCGAGUCCUAACCUCUGUGCGUUCAUCAAAUCGUCAGUGAAUUUAAUAGACAUGAUAGCCACGAUGAGCUUUUACAUCGACUUGGUUCUACAAAAAUUUGCUUCACAUCUUGAGAAUGCCGACAUCCUUGAAUUCUUCAGCAUCAUACGUAUAAUGAGACUCUUCAAACUUACACGCCACUCGUCCGGCCUCAAGAUCCUUAUUCAGACAUUUCGUGCUUCGGCUAAAGAACUCACGCUUUUGGUAUUUUUCUUGGUACUCGGUAUUGUGAUAUUCGCCAGCUUAGUCUAUUAUGCCGAGAGGAUACAGGACAAUCCAAAGAAUGACUUCAAGAGUAUACCACUAGGACUUUGGUGGGCCUUAGUUACCAUGACAACCGUUGGCUAUGGUGAUAUGGUCCCGAAAACCUAUAUAGGCAUGUUCGUUGGUGCUCUUUGCGCAUUAGCUGGUGUCUUAACAAUCGCCCUGCCGGUGCCCGUGAUCGUCAGCAAUUUUGCGAUGUAUUACAGUCACACGCAGGCGCGAGCCAAGCUGCCCAAGAGGAAGCGCCGAGUUUUGCCUGCUGAACAGCCGAGGGUCCGAGUGACCAAGGUCCCGGGUGCGGGAGGGCAAAACGUCGGCACCACUGCUUGUGGCCAGCAAGUCGCCCUUCUACCUCCGACAACUGGUGGAGGAGGAGCUACCCCUCAAAACAGGAGGAUGAAUGCCAUUAAGACCAAUCAUCCCAAGGAUCCAUUCGCCAUUAAAGAUGAGGAUCAAAAGAACUCGAAUUUGAGGACAAACGGGACCAAAACGUCGAGUGGUCUAGACUAGUAUUGAGAAGAAACCAACUCUUCACUGCCGAGAACGCCAGCCGAGAUUAAUAAUGAAAUCUUGGUAUGUAAAAGUAAUGAGACAUUAGUGUGAGUAACAUACAUUAAAAAAAAACCACUAAAUAAAUAAAAAUAAAGACUACAUAAGAAGUGAAAAUAAAUAUGAAAAACAGAUAAUUUUUGAUUGAUUGAAAGAGAGAAUGUGAGUGAGAAUGUAAAAUAGAUAGAAAAAUGGACAAAAACUGAAAAUAUUUCCAAAAAAAUGAAUUUAAAAAAAAAAUAAUGUGUACGACAAGAGAUUGAAUACUCUCUCAAAGUGUAUCAGUGACUAUUAACUAAUGGCAUCAGUAAAUUACUGAUUUGUCAGUGAAAUUUUAACUGAUUGACUUUUAGAGAGUAUGUAGGGUAAUAUAAGGGAGUGGACCACAUACUAGUGAAGUUAGAGAUAAUGUUUUAAUAGAAAUGGAAACCGUGAUGAACUAUUGUUAACAAAAAAUAUAUUUAAAAAAAUCCCUUUUAUAACCUCGAUUGAUUCUCCAUGGUAAUAAAUUAAUUAAUCAAUCACAUAAUUAAGAGAUUUUUCAUAUCGGGGACAGUUGAAAAACAUUUAAAAAUAAAAAAACCUAUCCACGCUGCCUUUUUGCCAUUCGAGGGUAUAUUCACUUAAUCCUUAAUAUCCUGAUGCACCAUAAAAAAAAAAUUUCACUCAAAUUUCGUGAUUCAGAAGAAAUGAAAAAAGUAAAAUAUUGAAAAUACCAAUGAUAACAAUGACACAAUCGAAAAAAGAAUGAUCAUAAAAGUUUUUUAUCUUCAUAAUUCUUUCACACGCGCGCCUCUCAUUUGUAAUUUUUGAUCAAAAACUUUCUCUACGACCGCGUUUGGACAAUCAUCAUGUCUUGAUAACAAAAGAUACCCCUCCAUUUAAUAUCUUGAUCACUAGGAUGGGCAGAAAAAAAUAACAAAUAACAAUGAAAAAACUUUUCUACUCUUUCUCUCUAUAGACUAUCGUGACAUCUAAAACUGAAUUGAUUCGAGUUCGAUAAAAGUAUGCUAUUUAAUUUGCCAACUUUUCCAUAUAGAAGUUUAUAAAUAGCUUCGAAGAUUCUAGUUAUUUAUUUAAUUGAAAGAAAUCUCGACAAAAAAAGAAAGCAUGUAUGUGAUAAAAUAUAUAAUCAUGCUGCAAAUACUUGUGAUUAGUUUUUUAUGCAUAUUAAAAAUCAUUACUCAGACUUUUCAUGUUAGAAAAAAAAUAAUUGAAUAAACUCUACAUAGUUUAGAGUCUUCUAUAACUUUGUUGAUCCUAGUUAGAUAAUUUUCAAACUUACUGGUGCUAUUAUUUACAUAUUUCAACUUUAUAUUGUUUACCUACUUUCUAAAAAUGGCCUCUGAGAUAUGCAUCAUUU